UCUUACGGAUCAUUCCAUUGCUAGCACCUCCCACAGCCUCUGUGGUUUGCGGUAGAUGCUGUCUGAUCUGACUUACAUGGAAAAUUCAGCUGCGAAUAUUUUUACGCAAUAGCAAAAACAAUCAGCCUUUUUUAUAUCAAGGUGGGGAUCGGGAAGCUAAAUGAGAACAUUCGGAGCAUAAAAUUAGUCUGCUUUAACUUUAAUAACCAAACGGUGAUUGAAAACAUACAAAUUUUGUGUUUGCAGGAAUGAGGGGCUGGGAUCACUAAGACUUAAAGGGUUUUUCUCCCCCACCCCGCAGCCAAGAGCACACAGCAAAACUAAUAAAAUUAUGACCCAGAAUUAAAAGGUCGCAUUCACUUUCAAAGCAUUCAUUUAAAAGUACAGAAGCGUUCUUUAAAAAUGUCCACAUUUUUAAACAUAGCAAGAAUGUGGCUACCAAAUAUUAAUCCUGAGGAAUAUGAAUACACAUUUACCUUCAUAAUUAGACACAGCAGGUCAAAUGUUAGCAAGGCCAACUGACCGAAAUCACAAAGACUGAUUGAAAAUGACCAACAGAAAGUGUCUGUCCGGCUUGGGAGCCCCGCUUGUUCCCAGCCCAACCAGUGGUCAAACAUCUGCAGGCAAAGAAAUCUACACGCGCCAGCCGGGUAUGGCAGAAACCAAACUUUUCCAAAUAAGUUAGUUCCGUCUUGCCAAUCUACACCCAACAGGUGUCAAUACAUGUCACCAGACAAAAUUCUUGCGAGCCAGGUCUAGAGAAGCAAUAGCUGGAUGGCAGAGAAGCUGAAACGACUCGACCUCUACCAGGGUAGUCCAAUCCACGAAAAGUGUGAGAACCAUGAGCCUAGUCUUGACCUCAGGAGUCGCCUGAAGAGACUGAUGCAAGUCGCAAAUCAAAAUAUUAGAAAAAUCAACCCAUGUUCUAAACUUGGAAGCCCGACCCUUAUAUCAUCUCUCUCUGAGCAGAGCCAGCUGUUGGCCCCCACAGGAGUUGGAAACUUGGAAUCCCCUUUGGUGCAGAAACUAUUCCUUCAUGAGAAGAAGUCCUUAAAUAGGCUCUUUAGAGGAUGCAACAAGGCACCAUCUUGAAAGCAGAGAGUAGCCCUCACCAGACACCAAAUCUGCCAGCACCUUGAUAUUGGACUUACCUGCCUCCAGAACUGUGAGAAAUAAAUUUCUA